UGUGGGAUGGUGAGAACCAAUCAGCAGCCACGUGCUAAUGACAACGAAACCUCACACCCCCUCACCUUCAUCAUCAUCCAAAAAUCAAACUUGAAAAGAAAACUUGAAGCAUAGAUCGUGUAAAGAUACAGCAACUUUCAACACCCUUGUCUUGUUCGGACAAAGAAGAAGAAGAAGAAGAUGAGCGGCGAAGAAUUCAACAAAAACAGAGAAGCGGUGGUGGAACAUCAUCAUCACCAGCCUCACCAGCCUCCUCCGCCGCAGUACGGCACGAUCCAAGAAGCCUCAAGUUAUCCUCCGCCGCCGCAAUACAACGAAAACAGAGAAGCGGUGGUGGAACAUCGCCAUCACCAGCCUCCGCCGCAGUACGGCACGUUCCAAGAAGUCUCAAGUUAUCCUCCUCCGCCACCGGUCACCGGAUUCCCCCAGCCGGCGCCGCCUCCGGGGGCCUACUACGAUCCUUCGAAACAGCAACAGUACGCCCAUGGUUACCAAACCGUCCCUGGUUAUGCCGUUGCUGAAGGAAGACCGCCAAGGGAACGUCGCCUUCCAUGCUGUGGCAUAGGCACUGGCUGGUUCUGUUUUAUCAUCGGUUUCAUCCUUGGAGCAAUCCCCUGGUACAUCGGGUCAUUCAUUCUGCUCUGUGCAAGGAUAGAUCCCCGAGAAAAACCCGGUUACAUAGCUUGCACCAUCGCGGCUGUUCUUGCUACAAUUGCCAUCAUUUUCGGAGUCACCGAAGGAACUGACGCCUGGUAGAAUCAAAUCUCCUCCUGGACAGAACACAACAGGGAAGAAGACAUGUUGUAUUUCUUGUUGUAUAAUCUGUAUCUGUGUCUUUAUUUGGUGGAGACCACAAACACACGAUAAACAGAAGGGUCUGAAGACCUAUGCUUUGAUUGAACUGUAUUAUCUAUGUAUGUUGUCAUGUCAUGUUGAAGAAAAACAAAGGGCAUAAAACCAUGUAAAAGUUUCUCCCGAGAGUGUAUGUUGUCCUUGGUUCUAUA